AUCCGGAAGUGAGCUGUUUAUUGACAAUAUGGCUGCCGGGUCUGCAGUGGGGGGAAGGAGGAAGUCUUGCCUUUGACAGCCCGUAUCGCCGCGAAAUAACACCCUCUAGUUUGGGCGAAAAUCGGGAUCUAUGAAUGAGGGGACGCGGAAGGACGCAGGAUGCGCUCACUGAGUUGAGAAAACGUUGCGAACUCGAGAACAACCAUGUCGUUUUUUAGGAGGAAAGUGAAAGGCAAGGAACACGAGAGACCAGCAGAUGUGAAAACCAGCAAAGCUCCGGCGCCAGCUCCGUCGCCCUCUCUGGCUGUCCGAAAUCACCAUGGCAUCCUGGAGGCAGCAGGGCCCAGCCAUGUCGCCAUCAACGCUAUCUCUGCCAACAUGGACUCCUUCGCCCGGGGGCGGACGGCCAUCCUCAAGAAACAGCCCAGUCACAUGGAGGCCACUCACUUCGGGGACUUAGGCCGGUCCUGUGUGAACUACCAGGCCCAGGAGACCAGGUCGAGGCUGUCGAAGACGGUGGAGCAGAUUCUGCGGGACGGCGUGGCCAUGCCCUACUUCGUGCAGCACAUGGAGCUCCAGGGGGCGGACCACCUGGUGAAGUUCUGGCUGGAGGCCGAGAGCUUCCGCUCCGUGAGCUGGUCCCGGAUCCGAGCUCACAGCCUGAAUUCCGUCAAGCACAGCUCGCUAGCCGAGCCCGCCUCCCCCUUGGCCAGGCCGCCCCGGAGCGGGGACCCUGCGGAGGGGGACCCCCAGGACUCCCGCACCCCCAGCCCCGCGAAGGGGAACCCGUACAGCCAUGCCCGGACCUCCCCGAAUAACUCCUUCAGCUCGGACGAGAAGGAAUCGGAUGCACUCCAGGGGGGCCCGAAGGCAGACACUCCCACACGGCAAGCUUCUUCCAAGGCCGGGACGCCUUUCAAACUCCAGCCCAGCCACGCACUUAAAGAUCUGUCUGAAAAACUCAUGAAAAGUAUAGAACGAGAUGCAGUGGACAUUUUUACCAAAUAUAUCUCUCCGGAUGCUGCUAGGUCUAUUCCCAUCACAGAGGCGAUGAGGACUGACAUUGUGGCUAAAAUCUGUGGUGAGGAUGGGCAGGUGAAUCCGAACUGCUUUGUUAACGCACAGUCUGCAGUCUUCAACAUCAUGGAACAGCAGCACUUUAGUGAAUUUUUAAGGAGUCAUUAUUUCUGUAAGUACCAGAUUGAAGUGUUGACCAGCGGAACGGUGUACUUGGCAGACAUCCUCUUCUGCGAGUCGGCUCUCUUCUACUUCUCCGAGUACAUGGAGAAGGAAGAAGCUGUGAAUAUCUUGCAGUUCUGGUUGGCCGCAGACAACUUCCAGGAUCAGCUGGCUGCUAAGAAAGGCCAGUACGACGGGCAGGAGGCGCAGAACGACGCCAUGAUCCUCUAUGACAAGUACUUCUCUCUGCAGGCUACGAAACCCCUGGGCUUCGACGACUCCGUGCGGUUAGAAAUCGAGUCCAAUAUCUGCAGGGAGGGCGGGCCGCUCCCCGAUUGUUUCACUACUCCGCUACGCCAGGCAUGGACCACGAUGGAGAAGGUGUACCUGCCUGGGUUUUUAUCCAGUAACCUGUACUACAAGUAUCUGAGUGACCUGAUCAACUCCGUUCGAGGGGACGAUUGUAUCACAGGGAACAUGUUGGUGCCAGGCCAUGGUCUUCCCCAGGACAGCGAGACAGGUUCGAGCAGCUCGGAGGGGACACACACCCAGCAAGGCGCCAAAAAAGCAGCAAUCAAAAUCCUAAAAAACUUCGAUGAAGCAAUAACUGUGGACAUUGCCAGUUUGGAACCAGAGUCUCUCUAUCAGCGCCCAUAUGCAGGAAGAAUGACAUUCGGGAAAGUGAAUGAACUCGGACAGUUUAUCAGAGAGGCCGAGCCAGAGCCAGAUGUCAAGAAGUCGAAAGGCUCCAUGUUUUCCCAAGCCAUGAAAAAAUGGGUACAAGGGAAUUCAGAUGAGGCCCAGGAGGAGAUGGCCUGGAAAAUUGCAAAGAUGAUCGUGAAUGAUGUCAUGCAUCAGGCACAGCACGAGUCCCCUUGUGAGAAGUCCACUAAGCUAUGACCCCCUGAAGAACUGAAGGAAAUCUCAUUCUCCCAGCCGAAGAGUUGUUCAGAAUCCGAUGGGGGAUGCUGGCAGAGGGGCCAGUGGCGAGUAACUGCACACUGUAUUAAUAGAACGUUACUCCUUCAUUCAUAUGAAGACUGACAAGCCGCUCCACGACCUCAGGCACCACGUCACAUGUGAGCUUUGAACUCUAACCCCCCCCCCCAUUCUAACACUAUGAAGGCUUUUACACGAAUGAAGAAGAAAAACGGAGCAGCUGCACACAGGCCCAAGCGGGAACCUCCUACUCAAGGAACGCAGUGGCUGCUUGAAGAGGCCGCAGGUGGCGUGGGAAGUUCAGUAAAGGUGCUCGGGUUCCCUCCUGCUCCAUUUUUACAGCGGCUGCUGAGUGAGACCACAUGAAUCAAAAGGUCUUCGCAAAGUUGGCAAAGGCCUGGUCUUUCUUUUCAAUUUUUUUUAUUAGGAAUUCGUUUACACUUAUUUUAAAGGAACAGGUGAUCUCUGAUCAAGUUUGCCACAGUAUGGUUUUAUCUAUGAAGGCAUUUUUUUUUUGGGGGGGGGGUAUUCUCGCCCCACUGUCUUUUGUGAACACUCUUGGGGGGGGGAAGCCAGUGUCUCCUUUUCCCAUAUCCUGUGGACCAGAUGGGAAUGUGUUAUAACUGAAAGAGUAACCAUUAGCUGUCCUAGCAGUGCAAAUCGAUUCAUCCUUAUCACCCUAUUCGUGUCAUUUAUAGUGCACAGUUGUUUUUUGACAAGUUGUAGAAAACUCCCUUGGACCCCAGUGCUAAAAGAACAAGUUCUCUAGACUCCCUGUUAUACAGCUGUAGGUUUAUGGUUUACCCUUGUGAAAUACUUUCUACCCAAUUGUAAAUGUUCGUUUCUUUUCUGGUGGUCACAGUUCUAUACAUUAAAAAAUGAUUUUUUGUAUAACAUGUUGCAAAUAAUCACAAUGACUGUUUCAAGGGAAGGUGUACGUAGUGAAUAUCUUAUUCUAUUGAGACACAUUGUGUAACUGUUAAUAAUAAGCAGAAAAAAAGACUGUGGGUAUGGUUUUUUGGUACUGUGUACCACUACUAUGUUUUCUGAAGCCUAAAUAUAUGUCUACUUAAUCUAUAAUAUAUUUAAAUUGUGUUUGAUUUCAAAAUAUAUUAUUGAAAUGUA